AUGAGGGAUCACUUCAGGAAGAAGUACCAGCUCUCCAAGAGUUCCAAGGACACCAGCCACCUGAGUGCGGCGCAAGGUAAAGUGGCACUCCCCCGUCAACUGGCUAAACUGAUUGGUCCUGAGACCCCGGCCAAGGACGAUGGCUACAACCUGCUGAGCGCCUUCCAAGGCCUCAACUUCAACAUGGGGAUGCUUGGAGGCAAGCAGACCAAGUCGCCCACUCCAAUGUCAGUCAACGGAGAGGCCUGCAAAACCAUGUGGAGUGUAUCUGUGAGCCCGUCCGUGUUGCAGGUGAUACAGGGGAUGUGUGUGUCCGUGCGUCCAGCAGCAUGUGUGAGGAUACAGAGGGGGAUGUGUGUGUGUCCGGCGGGGACAGUGGCAGGGCGCGGUGUGGAGGGGGUAACCCCCGCCAGAGGGGGUCCUGCGGGGAGGGGUGGAGGUAGAGGGCUGAGGCGGUUUGAGGAGAUCCCCCACACGGGCAGCAGUGGCUGGCUCAACCUGGUGAAGUUCUGGAGAGAAGACAGAUUUAAACUAUUACACAAACACAUGGAGAGGACCUUCAACACCCUCGGCCCCAUUUACAGGGAGCGUCUGGGCACCCAGAGCACUGUGAAUAUCCUGCUGCCGUCUGACAUCAGUGAGCUGUUCCGCUCUGAGGGCCUUCACCCCCGACGCAUGACCCUGCAGCCAUGGGCCACACACAGAGAGACACGACAGCACAGCAAGGGAGUCUUCCUCAAGAACGGGGCAGAGUGGCGUGCCGACCGUCUCCUGCUCAACAGGGAGGUGAUGAUGGCUCCUGCCGUACGUCGCUUCCUGCCCCUCCUAGACGAAGUAGCGAGGGAUUUCUGUCGUCAGCUAGCGACCCGGGUGGAGAAAGAGGGAGGAGAGGAGGAGAGGGGGCACAGUCUGACUAUCGACCCCAGCCCUGACCUCUUCCGCUUCGCCCUGGAAGCCAGUUGUCAUGUCCUGUAUGGAGAGCGUAUCGGUCUCUUCUCCACCUCUCCCUCCCAGGAGUCUCAGAAGUUUAUUUUUGCAGUUGAGAGAAUGUUGGCCACCACCCCUCCUCUCCUCUACCUGCCCCCCCGUCUGCUGUGGCGCCUGGGCGCCCCCCUCUGGACACAACACGCCACUGCAUGGGACCACAUCUUCAGCCACGCUGAGAAAAGGAUCCAGAGAGGAGUCCAGCGUCUGCGCUCCACCCAGGCUGCAGGAGGUGGUAGUGGGGGUACAGAGGGAGAGUUCACAGGGAUCCUGGGUCAGCUGAUGGAUAAAGGACAGUUGUCUCUGGAGCUCAUUAGAGCCAACAUCACUGAACUCAUGGCCGGGGGAGUGGACACGACAGCGGUGCCCCUGCAGUUUGCCCUGUACGAGUUGGGUCGUAACCCGGCAGUGCAGGAACAGGUCAGAGGUCAGGUGCGGGCAGCGUGGGCAAGAGCCGGCGGUGACGCCUACAAGGCCCUGCAGGGGGCGCCACUACUGAAGGGACUCGUCAAGGAGACCCUCAGGUUAUAUCCAGUGGGGAUCACUGUCCAGAGAUAUCCAGUCAGAGACAUCAUUAUCCAGAACUACCACAUACCUGCUGGGACAUGUGUCCAGGCGUGUCUGUAUCCUCUGGGGAGAAGUCGAGAUGUGUUUCAGGAUCCGGAGCGUUUUGACCCUGGUCGCUGGGGGGCUCAGGAGUCUGGAGAGGGGCCUGCGGGGGGUGGAGGGUUCCGCUCCCUGGCGUUUGGAUUCGGGGCCAGGCAGUGUGUUGGCAGGAGGAUCGCUGAGAACGAAAUGCAGCUGCUACUGAUGCACAUCCUGUUGAGUUUCCGUCUCAGUGUGUCGUCUUCAGAGGAGCUCAGCACUAAAUACACCCUAAUCCUCCAGCCUGAAACCUCACCACGCAUCACCUUCAGCACACUCUGACACACACCCACACUCACCCCCCCCCCCCCCCC